AUGGCAUCCGCUGCUUUGUUUUCCAAGGAGAUGGAAAGUGACAGUCAACUGACGAAACUGAGUGCCGUCUCAAAUGCUGUCGCGAAAGCGUACGAGCAUUCCUCUCGCCCUGGCGCAGUUAUUCUAGUGAGCCCGCACCGGAAGGAGAAGAACUGGACUCGAGCUCAUCAGCAAUGCACAUCCGUGGUCUUGCUGGGUUUGAACUUCAAGCACCUGACAUGCGAGGCAAGCGUGUUACCAUUGCACCACAAGCGCGCUCUGGACGGAUCCGAAUUUUCACACUUGAACAGGCGAGCACUCUUGAGGGAUGUGAUUGGUUUGUUCCACGUCUCGAACGAUGACCCAAUGACUGGCUCCCCGGAUUGUGUCGACCUACUGACCCACACAACAGGACUUCGCAGUCAGCUGGUGACAGGUACGAUUUUCGAAUUUCCGAAAUCCCGCAAAUGCAUACAACUAGUUCAUAUGUGA